UGUCCUGGUUUUGUGUGUUUCUGCUCCCCCCGCCCCCAUACAGACCAUGAGGCAUUGCGUCAGUGACCGGCUGCAGCCAUGUGAUAACCUGUCAAAGACGUCACGGAGUCCAGGUAAACAUUAACGCGCGUGUGCCCGCGCGGCGUCUGUAUGUACCUGCGGGGAGCGGCGAGUACAGUACGGAGGAAGAUGGCGAAGGCCGGCAGCCUGCGGACAACAGGACGCGCUCUGCACACGUCUGUCCACCUGCAGCGGGCAGCCGCCAGGAGGUUUUCAGAGAGCAGCGACAAAGGCUGGUUCCGCUCUUUAUUCGUGCACAAAGUGGAAGCCAGGAAAGAUGCUCACUCCAACCUGCUUUCAAAGAGAGAGACCAGCAGCCUCUAUAAGAUUCAGUUUCAUGACGUCAAACCAGAGUGCCUGGAUACGUACAACAGCCUGGAGGCUGAAGUACAGAAGAAGCUCCAUCAGGACCAGGACUUCCCCUGUGAGGUGGUUGGAAGCUGGAACACCUGGUACGGGGAGCAGGACCAAGCCGUGCACCUGUGGAGGUACCAGGGAGGAUACCCGGCUUUGACUGAAUGUCUGCAGAAACUGAGAGUCAACAAGUAUUUGGAGUUCCGGAAAGAACGGUCAAAAAUGUUGAUUUCAAGGCGAAACCAGCUUCUCCUGGAGUUCAGUUUCUGGAAUGAACCGCUGCCGAGACAAGGACCAAACAUCUAUGAGUUACGCACCUAUAACCUAAAGCCUGGAACCAUGCUGGAAUGGGGAAACCGCUGGGCGAGGGCGAUAAAGUACAGACAGAGCAACAACGAGGCCGUGGGCGGGUUCUUCACUCAGAUCGGAGACCUGUAUGUUGUUCAUCACCUGUGGGCGUAUGAAAGUCUUCAAUCCCGUGAGGAGACGAGAAACGCUGCCUGGAGGAAAGAAGGAUGGGAUGUAAAUGUGUAUUAUACAGUGCCUUUGAUCAGAAGUAUGGAGUCCAGAAUAAUGAUUCCCACUGAGAGCUCACCUCUGCAAUGAGAAGAGAACUGAAACUGCAAUCAACUCUUUGCCUGAAACUCUGACAUAUCUGCUCUUACGACUAUAUUUUUUAAUCUGCUGGAUGAUCUGUGUUACAUCAAUGUUUUAGUCUACAUUUCACUCCAGCCAUCUAAAAAAAAACAAUAUUUAUAGUCGCCUACAUUUGAGAUUCUUCAUUUUCUGUGUCUUUACAUGCUUUGGUCAACUUUGUUGGACAACAAAGUGAUAUUCGUGAGUUAUGAUGACAGACUAAGAGUUUGUAUUGAGAAGAAGUCAUUCUGCAGACUCCAGUGUUGGAACAACAGACCAUGUGGUUGUGUAAAUGUAGCUGUAAGGAGUGGCGACCAAAUAAAAAUUGUUUACUCCUGGUAUGAAAGAGUGGUGAUUUUCAAAAUAAAACACUUGUUGCUCAACUUUGAAAUUGUGACAUGAAAUCGAAAAAUGUUUUACCACCACUUGUGAAUAAACACAAUGGUAAACUGAAUAAUUA